UCAGCUGUCACACUUGCUUCGUGACAUCUGCCGUGGGCAGACGCAUUUCGUGUUUGUAUCGACAGUGCGUUUUUAGUUUGAAGCUAAUUUUCUUUUUGCCUAUCCGCGUGGGUGUAAUAAACCGUGUUUUCCUUCUGUUUUUGAUAGUUUUGGCGGUGAAUCGGUUCCUGCUUAAGGAAAAAGCAAUAUAAGGCCCAGUAGCCCAUAUUUUUCGUAGUCAUGCUGGCAACAUAGACAACAGUCUAGCCAACCGUGUCACGGAGUCAUCGUAGGUGGUAUCUGGUGGUAUACAUCGUUAGCCUGCCGGGACAACGUGGGACAAAUCAAAAACACACACACACACACACACACUGAUCAGCUGUCAUUGUUGCGAAGUAUUUUGCGGUAAAUUUGUAGUGUUUAUUUUUCCACGGUUUGUGAAACUUCUCUUUUCUUACACGAACAUUCGUCGAGAAAAUGUGGAAUCGAAUCCUCAUAACUUUUGUGCUGUUCAUUGUUGCUGGCGUCCAGGCCUCGUCUGAUUCUUCCGGCAUGGAUUUCGGAGAUGCGUGCGCCUUGAUUUUGGGAUUGGGCCUGGGAACUAUCGGAAUCUUGGCAUGCCUUGGAAAAUACGCGAGGAGUGUCUCAGCAGGACAAUUCUAACACGUAUAAAUCAAUGAGGAUUUAAUUGAUAUUCUUUACUUAUCCAUCGUUACCCAAUAACAGUGUAAAGCAGUUCAGUUAGAAUAAUGUAUAAAAAGUGUCGAGUUUAAAAAUUACUAUACGAUGAAUAUUUUAUUUAGACAUACAAUUUCCAACCCGUUUGCUAGAUAUAGUGCUUUAUCAUCUCAUAUAAAUGUGUCGCGCAAUUUCUCUUGUUUAACCAUUGAACGGAGGAAAAAUUUUCCAAAUGAAAACAUACACCACCAUGUCCACAUCAGUCGAAGAAAUGCAUCCUUCGAUUCCGUAGUUGUAAAAUUUUGGACGACAUUGUCGAAUAGUACACCAGUAGCCUACAUGCAAGAGGGUCUAGUUCAAAUUCAUGAUUUCACUGGCCUUCCGUGGUGGGCUUCAAUAAUUUUUUCUACUUUUUUAUUUCGGACGGUAGUCACCUUGCCCUUGGCUGUUUAUCAGAAUAAAAUCACUUCCCGAUUGGAAAACUUAACGCUCGAAAUGCCAGCGAUUGUAGAGGAACUCAAGAAAGAAACGGCCUUCGCCAUGAAAAAAUACAAUUGGACUCAACAACAAGCUCGACAAAUUUAUAAUAGAUCACUCAAAAAACAAUGGAACAAUCUAAUUGUACGUGAUAAUUGUCAUCCAGCGAAAACUCUAAUUGUCCUGUGGGGCCAGAUCCCUUUAUGGAUUUUUCAGUCAGUGGCAAUCAGAAACCUGGUGUAUAUGUUACCAGAUCCCAAUUUACUGCAAACAAAAUUGAUUUUUACCGAGCUCACAAUAGGUGGAUUCGGAUGGAUACCAAAUCUUACGGAAGUAGAUAGCUCGUAUAUUUUGCCAAUUGUUCUAGGGCUAGUUAAUCUAAGUAUUAUACAGAUGCAAUCUGCACUACGAACACGACCACCAACUCGCUUGCAAAGAUACGUUACGAACGCAUUUCGAGUUUUAAGUGUGGGAAUGAUUCCUAUCGCUUCCAGUGUUCCAUCUGCUCUUUGUCUUUACUGGGUGUCAUCGAGCGUGUAUGGCUUGAUACAAAAUUUAAUUUUAAUUUCACCGCGGGUUAAACGACUCAUUGGAAUUCCCCUCACCAAAUCAGAAAUACAAAACCCAUACGAACGCUUAACGGAGUCAUUUAAAAAGCAAAUUGGCUUAAGUGAUUCAAACAGUAAAAGUGGAUCGGCAUCAUAACGCAAACACACAUAUGUACAUUUCCUAGCAAAUGAAUAUUUGUAAUAUAAUUUUUUUAUUGUCGCUCUAGUCUAGAAAGAAUAAAUAACAAAAUGGAUGCUAUAAGGUCA